AUGAUCGCCAACACUCGGGGCUUCCUUUGGUCUGACCUGGAGACUCGAGCCCUGCUGGGCAUCUGGGGCGAAGCGGGCGUGCAGUCUGCGUUGGAAGGGAACUUCCGGAACAGCCAUGUGUACCGGGACGUGGCGUGCCGACUUGCCCAGGUGGGAUUCGACCGGACCCCAGAACAGUGCCGCAUCCGCAUCAAGGGCUUGAAGCGCCAGUACUACCAGGCGAAGGACGGGCUCCCCAAGGGCGGGCCUGCGCGAAAGUCCUGUAAGUUCUUCGAUGAGAUGGACCGGAUCUUGGGUGCUCGAACCACCACUGGGGGCCCCUCAUCCCUAGGGGGAGGCCCUACACCGGGAGAUGCAGCUGAUCGAGACUCAGCAGCUGAGAAGGACUUGACCGGCGAGGGCUCUUCCUUUGCAGAGCGUCCAGUCAAGGUGGAGUGUUCCCCCUUCGCCAUUCCCGAGCCGCCUGAUGAUGGCUUUAAGCAUAUCGGUGCUCAGACCAGCACAUCUCAUCUUUCUCAAUCAAAAAGAUCAAAAAAGCACCACACCAGUAUACCUCUGGACAAGAUGAUGGGGAAACUUUUACAGCAGAGUGUCGAUGCAGAAGAGAAGUUUUUCAGAUACGAAGAGCAGAGGCUGAAGAUGGAGGACAAGCACCGGGAAGCGGAGCGGGCCAGAGAGCUCCAGAUGCUGCAGAUGUUGGGGCAAGUGUUGGCUGGCAUUUCCUCAGCUGUCUCACAGAGGGCCCAGUUCAGGCCGCCCAGCCCGCCUCAGCUGACACACCAACGGGCGUUUGGAGAUGACAUUAGUUUUAAUGCUAUGACAGCAGCUCUUUCUCCUUCCCUAGUUUUAGAAAGAGCAUUUUCACUACAUAAAACACAUUCGGUAAAGGAUAUGGAAAGUACUUUUCAGUUGGUGAAAAAUAUUAUACCUCCUCUAACUACCAAAAAGCACAAAGGACAAGAUGGAAGAAUAGGCAUAGUUGGCGGCUGUCAAGAGUACACUGGAGCCCCAUAUUUUGCAGCAAUCUCAGCUCUCAAAGUGGGUGCGGAUCUGUCCCACGUGUUCUGUACCAAGGAGGCCGCACCUGUGAUUAAGUCGUACAGCCCGGAGCUGAUUGUGCACCCCAUCCUGGACAGUCCCGAUGCUGUUCGUGAUGUGGAAACGUGGUUGCCCAGAUUGCACACCCUUGUCAUUGGACCUGGCUUAGGCAGAGAUGACAUUCUUCUAGACAAUGUCAAGGGCAUUUUGGAAAAAUCAAAGGCCAAAGGUCUGCCUAUCGUCAUCGAUGCAGAUGGACUGUGGCUGAUUGCUCAGCAACCGUCACUCAUUCAAGGUUACCGGAAGGCUGUUCUUACUCCCAACUACAUGGAGUUCAGCAGGCUCUAUGAAGCCAUGCUUCGAGAUCCUGCAGACAGCAAUGAUCAUCACGGCGCCGUGCUGAGACUCAGCCAGGCCCUGGGGAACCUGACUGUUGUUCAGAAAGGAGAGAGAGAUGUGAUUUCCGACGGUGAACAGGUGCUCGUGUGCAGUCAGGAGGGAAGCAGCCGCAGGUGUGGAGGCCAAGGAGACCUGCUCUCCGGCUCCCUGGGUGUCCUGGUGCACUGGGCCCUGCUGGCCGGGGCUGAGAAGACAAACGGUUUAAACCCUUUCCUAGUGGCUGCAAUUGGUGCCUGCUCACUCACAAGGCAGUGCAACAGCCAAGCCUUUCAGAAAUAUGGGCGCUCCAUGACCACCACAGACAUGAUUGCGGAGGUUGGAACUGCAUUCAGAAAGCUCUUCGAAACCUGA